AUCGGAGCAAUGAUUUUGGUUCAUAUAAUCAAACCUUCUCUAAAUACAAGUUCCCUAACUGCAAGUCCGACGCGAGGCGCUGCAGAAGGGAAGGGCGGCACCGAAGGUCCGGCGUUCGCUACCAGCUGCCCCCGAACGCUCGCCCGCCACUCCCCCAAGCGCGCGAACGGGCUGCCUCCUUUCGGCUUUGAGGCAACCCACAGCACGUUGGGGGGCGGCGCGCGUGCGCAGUACCAGAGCGGCUUCGGCAACGAGUUCGCGUCGGAGGACCCGCGCUGCCCCGGAGCCCUUCCCAAGGGCCAGAACAACCCGCAGCGCUGCCCCUACGGCCUCUACGCGGAGCAGCUCUCGGGCACCGCCUUCACAGCGUGUGCUCUGUUACCGCAGCUGCGCUGGCGCCCGUUCGAGGUGCCGGGCGCGGGCGCGGAAGCGGUGGACUUCGUGGGCGGGCUGCGCACCGUGUGCGGCGCGGGCGACCCGCGCCUGCGCAGAGGCCUCGCCGUGCUCGUCUACCUCUGCAACGCGUCCAUGCGCGACUGCUGCCUGCAGGACGCCGACGGGGACCUGCUCAUAGUGCCCCAGCAGGGGGAGCUCCACAUCACCACAGAGUUCGGCAAGAUGGACGUCGCUCCCAACGAGAUCUGCGUCAUUCAGGAGCGCGCGGUGGACGGCGACGGCUUCCGCGUGCUCAACAAGUACCAGGGGCGGCUGUUCGAGGCGCGGCAGGCGCACAGCGCCUUCGACGUGGUGGCCUGGCACGGCAACUACGCGCCCUACAAGUACCCGCUGGCGCGCUUCAUGGUGGUCAACGCCGUCGCCUUCGACCACUGCGACCCGUCCAUCUUCACGGUGCUGACGUGCCCCUCGGGGAAGCCGGGCACCGCCACCGCAGACUUCGUCAUCUUCCCGCCGCGCUGGUCCGUGCAGGAGCACACCUUCCGCCCGCCGUACUACCACCGUGCGUAG